GCCGCGGGCCCGGGCCCGGGGGAGGCAGGCGGGAGCAGGGGGGCUCGGCGAGGCCGGGGUUAGAGGUUGGCUUCACACAAAGGCGAGCGCGGCUCGAAGCCGGCCCGGCGCGGCGAGCCAAUCACCGCGGCAGCCCGGCGAUAAAAGGGCUGGCGAGGCGGCCGGGGGAGCUGGCAGGAAACGCUCCGGCUCCCCGCGCCCCGGCCUCCGCCGCCGCGCAGAGCCGGGCAGCGAAGCCACCCCGGACGGACGGACGGACGGCCCAACUGCUUGGCCUGGCUUGGCCUGGCCUGGCCCGGCCUGGCCUGGGGGACGCCCUCCCGCCCGGCGUUUCGGCGCGCAGCCCAGGCGUGCGGUGCUGCAAGAGGCCUGUCCUGGACCCCCCCCCGGGGAACGCUGCCCCGCGAACGCCAGCCUCAGCACUAACGAGGAGGAGGAGGAGAAGGAGCCAUGUUCCAGGCCAAGGGACCUGCCGGCACACCCCCCGCUCAUGAGGCAAAGAACAGCUCGGCAGGGAGCACGGUGCAGCGCUCCAAGUCCUUCAGCCUGAAGGCCCAAGUGAAGGAGAUGUGCACGGCCUGUCAGAAAACCGUCUACCCCAUGGAGCGGCUGGUGGCGGAUAAGCUCGUCUUCCACAACGCCUGCUUCUGCUGCAAGCACUGCCACACCAAGCUCAGCCUGGGCAGCUACGCGGCGCUCCAUGGCGAGUUCUACUGCAAGCCCCACUUCCAGCAGCUCUUCAAGAGCAAAGGCAACUACGACGAGGGCUUCGGGCGCAAGCAGCACAAGGAGCUGUGGGUGCACAAGGAAGUGGAGAGCGGGACCAAGUCGGCGUGAGUGGGCCCGGCCGCCCCUGCCCUGCAGCCCCGCGGAGACGGCACAGAGCAGCGCUGAGCCGGGCCUAACUGAGCUGAUGUAAAGCAGGGGCGACCCGCGAGCCCGUGGGCAGCAAGGGGAGGGAGGCAGCCCGGCCCCAGGCGUUGGGGCUUUUGGAGUGUGUUCAGAGGGGUCCUGCGGGCGGUAAGGACGGGGUAGAGGUUACCAGGGCAUAGCCCCAAGCCUGAAGCCCUCUCUGCAGGCCUCUCGCCCUGAUGAGAUCAGGCAGAAGCACUUGCUCCCACAGGACCCCGGCCCCGUUCCCAAAUUUCAGACCUGCAACCACGGGGAAGGAGAAGACCUGGGGGCUCCGAGAGCCACCUCCAACCUGGCCUGCAAGGCAGAGCAGUGCUCCCCGCUCCCAUCACACUGCUCACGCCUUGCUGGGGCUCCAUUAGGGAGGGUCUUUGGUUUACAUCAGCUCAGUUCAGCUGGGAUCGUUCAGCCUUACGGAUGCUGCCCUGCGACUGUUUAACAGUGUCUGUCUUUUUUAUAUUUGCCUUUGAUUGGUACGUUCGGCACCGGAGCCUGGCCCGGCGGCUCCACGGGUGCCACCGCGCCGUGCGCUCUUUUAUUUUUGUAAUACAAGGUUUUGAGCCUUC